AUGUGCAAAGCUACAGAGGAAUCAAAUGGAAACCAAGAACAAUUGGAUACAAAUCUCUAUAGUAGGCAAAUAUAUGCUUUGGGUGAAUCGGCGAUGAAAAACCUCCGCCAAAGCUCGGUGCUCAUCUCGGGAAUCGGCGGUGUUGGAGUUGAGAUCGCUAAAAAUUUAAUACUUGGUGGCAUUCGUCAUGUGAAAAUUCACGAUCAAAAAGAAGCCACUUGGUACGAUCUAUCCGCUCAAUACUUUCUCCGAGAAGAGGACAUUGGAAAGAAUCGGGCAACGGCUUCGUUUGCGAGAUUAGCCGAGUUGAAUGACAGUGUUACUUGCACACUCAACACCGACCCUCUCACCGAGGAACUCAUCAAGAAUUUCGAUCUUAUCAUUUUGACCGAUACCCCACUCGCUUUACAAUUGGAGAUCUCGCAAUGGAUACGACGACAUGGAAAGAAGAUGAUUGUGGCUGAAGCAAGGGGAUUGUUUAGUUAUAUCUUCGCCGACCUAGGCGAACGCUUUUGCGUACUUGACCCGAAUGGAGAGAAAGUCAGAGAGUUUUACAUCAAUGGUGUUGACAGGAUUUCUGGUGAGGUCUUCACCCAGGAACCACAUGGAUUGAUGAAUGGAGAUUCGGUGGUGUUUAGUGAAAUUAAAGGAAUGAAUCAGUUGAACGACUGCCAAGCACUUCCAAUCACAGUCAAAGGUCCAUCAGUUUUCAAUAUUGGUGAUGUUGCUAAAGAUUUCAAUGAUUACACGGAAGGUGGAAGAGGAAAACAAGUGAAAAUGCCAAUCUAUCUCGAUUACAAACCGCUUUCCAAAGCCAUUGAAGAGCCAGAGAUUAUGCCUUGGGAUUUCGCGAAGAUGGAUUAUCCGAAUCAGCUUCAUCUACUGUUUCAAGCUCUGCACCGAAUGGAAGAAAAACAUGAUCGCACACCUCGUCCCAAAAACGAUGUCGAUGUAGACUUGCUUCAAAAUGAGUUACCUGAAAACUCUGGAGUUGACAAGGACCUAUUGAAAAUGUUCUCCUAUGGAGCAAGGGGAAACCUAGUAAAUAUCUGCUCUGUCGUUGGUGGAAUCGCGGCUCAAGAAGUUAUGAAAACAAUCACUCAUCACAUGACACCACUCAAACAGUAUCUUUACUUGGAUCACUCUGAUGCGCUGCCUGGUGAUUGGUCUUCUUUUGACACAGCAAAGUUAAAAGCACAAGAUUGUUCGGCUAGAGAUCAUCGUUAUGAUGGACAAGCAACCAUCUUUGGAUGGGAAUAUCAAGAGGAGCUUGCAAAUAGGAAAUUAUUCAUUGUUGGAUCUGGAGCGAUCGGAUGUGAGUUACUCAAGAACCUUGCAAUGAUGGGUGUCGCUUGUGGAAAAAAUGGGCUCAUCAAGAUCACGGAUAUGGAUCAAAUUGAGACGAGUAAUUUGAAUAGACAAUUCCUUUUCCGAAAAACUGAUGUUGGGCAAAAAAAGUCAGUGUGUGCUGCUCGAGCGGUUAAAGCUUUCAAUCCAGCGGUAAAUAUUGAGGCGAUGUCCGAGCGAGUCUGCCCAGAGACUGAACCAAUUUUCAACGACGAAUUCUUUGGCGGACUUCAUUGUGUACUAAAUGCUCUCGAUAAUGUGGAAGCGAGAAGAUAUGUGGAUCAACAAUGUGUCUUCUAUGGACUCCCGUUAUUGGAAUCUGGAACUCUUGGAACAAAGGGGAAUGUGCAAGUGGUCUAUCCUCAUCUCACCGAGUCUUACUCUGCAAGUCCAGACCCACCCGAGCAAACGAUUCCCUAUUGUACGCUGAAGAACUUCCCGACGGAAAUUCAUCACACCAUUCAAUGGGCAAGAGAUAAAUUCGAAGCUUUGUACACUCAAGCGGCUGAACUUGCGAAUCGAUAUUUGAACGAUCAAGACGCUUUCUUCAGAUAUCUUGAGUCGAGUGAGCCGAGGAUUAGUGAUGGGCAAAAGGCCGAAAUGCUGACUGCUGUGCUGAAAGCUUUGGACUCUGAGCGUCCUUCGGCCCCGGAGGAUUGUGUCACUUGGGCUAGGAAACUUUUUGAGGAGUACUUCCACGACACAAUUGCUCAAAUGCUUCACUUAUUCCCGCCUGAGCAUCUCACAAAAAAUGGGCAACGUUUCUGGGGUGGGGCCAAGCGAUGUCCGCAUGCUCUUCGCUUUGAUGCGAAUAAGGAUGUUCAUCUCGAUUUUAUCUUCGCAGCGUCAUUCAUUCGUUCACAAGAAUACAAUAUGAAACCAAUUACGGACCGAGAACGAGUUGCUCAAAUUGCUAAUUCGGUACAAUUUACGGAGUUUGUUCCAAAAAGCGGUGUGAAAAUCGCAACGAAUGAUGAAGAGGCGCGAGAAUUUGAAAGACCUGGAGCACAAGAUCUCCUUCAAGACACCGAGGCACUUAUUGAAAGACUAAAGAAGCUAAAACCUGACCUCCCAGCCUUAAACCAUAUCGAUUUUGAGAAAGAUGAUGAUAGAAAUCAACAUAUUAUGUUCAUCACUUCUUGCAGCAAUCUGAGAGCUGAGAAUUAUGAUAUUGAAUCGGCUGAUUUCUUCAAAACGAAGGGAAUCGCUGGAAGGAUCAUACCGGCAAUCGCCACGACAACUGCAGCCGUUUCUGGACUUGUUUGUGUCGAGUUCUUGAAGACAAUUGAUGCCAACGGAUGUCUUGCAAAGACGCCAAUUGAACGAUUAAAAAAUGGUUUUAUAAAUCUUUCACUCCCGCUUACUUGCUUCUCGCAGCCAACUGGAGCUCCGAGGAAGAAGUACAAUGACAAACCGUGGACGGUUUGGGAUUCGUUAGAAGUUCGAGCACCGAUGACCACUCAGCAGCUAAUUCAAUGGGUUGAGAACGAAGUCGGCCAGGGCUCGGUUGUCUCGAUCGGCUAUGGAGUGGCCAGCAUUUACACGAGUUUCAUGACUCCAGCUAAAAAGACAGCUCGCUUACCUAUGGACCUUCGCAAAGCAAUCGAGGAAGUGACACAAAAAGCAAUUCCCAGCCAUAAGAAAAGUCUCAUCAUUGAUGUACUGAUCGAGAAAGAAAACGACGACAACGACAUGCUUGUUGACGAAGAUGGCUACAUAGACAUUCCAUAUACUCAAUAUUUUGGUGAUGCUUUCCACUCAUACCAAUAUCAAUACAUUGAAUCAACAAUUCCUGUUAGCAAUCAAUUUUCCACUCACGCUUAUCAAUGGCAAAGCAAAAACCACGGAAAUGUGCACAUUUUUUCACGUAGCCCGUUUUCUACCUUUGAAAUUGUUAUGGAAAAGUUUAAUCUUACAAAUUUCCUUAUCAAAUGUAUGGAAAUCGAGUCAACGACAGGGGAUGAAGGAAAGUUUGCCGAUUUCUUGGCUAAAUUCAUGAGAGAUUCUGGGUGGAAUGUAGUGGAGCAAUUAGUGGAAAAUGAGAGAAAGAAUUUGAUCAUUUCACUUGGAGCAAUGAAAGAUAUCGACGUUGUAUUUUGUUCACAUUUGGAUACCGUCUCACCCUACAUUCCCCCAAAAUUCGAUGGUCAGAUUUUCUGGGGUCGUGGCAGUAAUGAUGCGAAAGGGCAAAUAUCUGCUAUGAUAUCAAUGGCUUUGGAUCUCCAGAAAAAUCACGAAGAGCUGGCAAAGAAACUUGGCCUUCUAUUCACUGUAGGAGAGGAGUGUGGGAAUUGUGGAAUGAAAAAAGUUAACGAACUCGAUGAUUUGAAUCCAAAAUUUAUGAUCAUUGGAGAACCGAGUGAGAACAGUCUUGGGACGAUACAAAAAGGGGGACUAAAGGUUCUACUGAAUGUGACUGGAAAAGCUGGGCAUUCAAGUUAUCCGGGCACUGGUGAAAGCGCUGUUCACAAAAUGGUGGAGAUUCUCGCCGAUAUCAUGAAGCAUCCAUGGCCAAAAAAUGAACACGGUGAAACCACUUUCAAUAUCGGCUAUGUUAAUGGUGGUGAGCAAAAUUUUCCUGCUACUUGGCCACCAAAAGCUGAAACGAUCAUUUUCUUUAGAACCGUCACAGACACUGAUGAAAUCUACAAGCAACUGGAAAUCCUUAUCAAUAGACGUGCCGAGAUUGUUUUACUGUCUGAGAUUGAUCCUGAAAAACUUCAUCCAAAACCUCAUGAGUUAGCCGAUAUUCCUACGGCAUCCAUCCCUUUCACUACAGACCUGUGCCAUUUUUGGAGGCGUGACAUUUCGAAAGGUGUUGGCCGUCAGAAUAAGGAAUUUGUCGGAGGCGCAUUUGUUUAUGGAGCUGGAUCAGCACUGACAGCACACGCUGACGAUGAGCACGUUUCAUUGGCAGAACUGGAAAAAGCUGUCGCUGUCUACAAAAGAUUGGCCUUGUACACGUGCAAAGCGAGUAGCUGC